AUCGUAGAAUAAAUUAAACUGAAGAUGGAGAAGUAGUUUCGAUUUAUCGAGAACUAUACAAUAUCACCAGCAGCCAUAUUAAUUGCCAUUGCGCUUAUUAAGAAACUUUAUUGUGAUCAAAAAGUCUGAAUUUAUACAAUUUUCUUUUUCGUUGAGAAAUAUAAAUAUUCUAUAGGACACAAACAUGUCAAAUGAUGUGAACACCCAAGCUGAUAAGCCCAAUGAGGACGAAAAUAUCGAUAAAGCAGAAGAAGAAGAAGGCACUUCGUCUAUUGAUCUGCAUGCGCAGGAAAGUGGAAUUAUAUACGGAGGUUGUGAAGGACCAAAUGCAAUGUAUGUAAAACUUGUUAGCAGUGAUGGACAUGAAUUUAUUGUUAAACGUGAACAUGCUUUAACUAGUGGAACAAUAAAAGCAAUGUUAAGUGGUCCUGGACAGUUUGCAGAAAAUGAAGCUAAUGAAGUUAAUUUUCGAGAAAUUCCAUCUCAUGUAUUACAAAAGGUUUGCAUGUAUUUUACCUACAAAGUACGCUAUACAAAUAGCAGCACAGAAAUACCAGAAUUUCCUAUAGCACCAGAAAUUGCAUUAGAAUUAUUGAUGGCUGGAAAUUUUUUAGAUUGUUAAAUGUCACGAAUGAUACUAAUAAGCAAUCAGUUUUGAGCAGUCAGUAUAAUAAAAUUAUUUAUCAUAAUUUUAACAUCAAAAAUUCAAUUAUAUUGUGACAUAUAUCAAAAAAUAAUUCAUAAUUCGCAUUUUGUAUUUUGCAAUAUAGUUUAAUAUUAUUUUAACAAUAAAUUAUCUAAAUUGUUUAAAUGAUUUUAUUUAUAAAUAUAAAAAUAUAUAUCUGAUAAAUGCUUAAAAUAUAUAUAUAAUAAUAGAGAAAUUUCAAUUAAUCAAUGUGAUCUAAAUUUAUUGCAUGUGCUACUUGAUUAACUAUAUCCAAUAAUAUAACAAAUUAUUAUAUUUAAACAAAAUUUAUAUUAGAAGAUAUACUGAUGUAAUAUGAAUUGUAUAUUCAUGACUGUCUGAUACAUAACUAUAAACAAAAAAAAAAUUGCAUCAUGUACAAUUAAUAUAGGAUUUAAUCAAUAGAUUAUAUAACAAUGGAGAUUGUUAUUUUUGAAAUGGUGUCUAUAUUAAUAUUAAUACAUUAUAGUUAUAUUUUUUAUUACAUAUAAGAAUAUUUAUUUUUGAUUUCUAUUCAAAUUACAAAUUUUACUUCUUAUUUAUUAUUUUCUGGCAACUUUAAUCAUGUUUCAUAUUUUCCAUGUAGAAAAUGAUUAACAUACAUUUAUAAAUAAAAUACAAUAUGUAGCAUAUAGAAAUAUUAUGUGAUAUAGUGUAAGAAAAAAAACACACAACACAUUUUUACAGAAUCUUUAUAAAAAAAUGUGUGUGUAUCUGUGUGAGACUGUAUUCUAAUAUAAUUAAUUAUAUAAAUUAAAAUUAA